AUAACGUUACUACAUCACUGCUCCUGCCUCCUCCUCCUCACAGCGCUGGUCGCCCUCCAUCCCCUCUCCUCCUGUACCGGAGCAGAUGGUGGGAACAACACUGCAUCCACUGGGUACCACAACAAUAGACCGCAGCAUCCCGUCCGCACACCGGCCGCGCGUCAUGCUCGCAGUGGCACCGGACUGCGUGAGGCUGCUGUGAGUGCCGUCGUGAUUUAUUUCACGCGGUACGGCCACGGAGGAAGCUUCUUGUGACUGCUUGGGCUCCCCCAUCGAGAAAGAGAGAGAGAGAGGGGAAGAUGGCCGCUAUGAAAAUAUUAACAGGCGCUGGGCUCUUCUUGGCGCUGUGCGCGCUGGGGCUGCUAGCCAUGGCGAUCUGCACAGACUACUGGUACGAGACGGACGCCAGGAGACACCGAGAGAGGUGCAAAAACUACGCCAACAAGCGGAACGACCCGGGCUACAUCUACAUUUCCAACCACAACCUGCCGCUCCAGAUGCCUCCAAAAGGUGCGCUGAGGAGCGGCGGCGGCGGCGGGCCGGACGCGGCUGCGCUCCGGAGGGCGAAGCGGCACUUUGUGGCCGCAGCUUCCGCCAUGGAGUCUCACUGCAGCCGCCAGUUUAACUCCACCGUGUCGGGCCUUUGGAGGAAGUGUCACCGUGAAGGCUUUGACCUGGAAACCGAGGACCUUAUCUACAAAGGAAUAAUUCAAAGAUGUACUCCAGUCAAGUAUCACUAUUCUUCAUCCAUCUUGCCCCGGAAUUUACCCGUCAACAUCACAAAGACCAUACGACAGGAUGAGUGGCAUGCACUCCAUCUAAGAAGAAUGACGGCUGGCUUUGUGGGCAUGGCUGUGUCCAUUAUUCUUUUUGGCUGGAUCGUUGGAGUGCUGGGAUGCUGUCAGCAGCAUGACCUCAUGCAAUAUGUAGCUGGGCUACUCUUUCUCAUGGGAGGAACGUGCUGCAUCAUUUCCCUGUGCACAUGUGUAGCAGGAAUCAACUUUGAGUUGUCCCGCUACCCCCGCUACAUGUAUGGUCUCCCUGAGGACGUUAGCCAUGGCUAUGGCUGGUCCAUGUUCUGUGCUUGGGGGGGCCUCGGUCUCACUCUGCUGGCCGGCUUCCUCUGCACGUUGGCCCCCUCGCUGAGCACACCCGCUCGCACAACAAUCCACAAGCCGAGGCAAGAGAACGGAACCGUGUGACAGGGCCGAAGUGUCUUUAAGUGACUGACCCACGGAACACAAAAAGCGCACGCUUCCAACCUUGAUGUUUGACUCCAGAACAGUUGUGUCUGUUCACCAUCUCUCACCACCUUCUACAUCACCGUCCCUGUCUGUGUUCAGCGUACGUGGAAAAUGACAAAAGGAGCAAAGUAAAGAUGAACUCCAAAAUCCCAGAGAGACCUCGAGGACAACUAAGAGUUACACCUAUAACGUCUGAGUGGGGCUCUCGUACCACAAACAAGACAUGUUUUUUUUUGUUGUUUGUUUUAACUUUAUGGUGAUCUAAAGUUGACUGUUUUCUCUGAAGUGAUUUUGUCUUAAAAUGGUGCUCUCUUUCAUGCAUACGCCCCUUCCCUUUGACACACAAACAUACACACACACAAACACACUUUCCUGCAGAUGCUCAGCUGCUUUCGAUGGAUCAUGAGAGAAAUCUUUCAUAAGAAAGAGAAGACAAAGAGAAGGACAAAAAAGACAUCAGGCCAGAGCAUCCUGUCAGCAUUCUUCGUUCAUUCCAGUGAUGAGUGUUACUGUUAAUUAAGAAAAAGAAUUUCCGGAGCUGACUGCCCGUCGCUUAUCUUCACUGUAGCACACUUACUGAUAAGGGCCCUGGGGUUGCUUUCUGCAGCUUCUGCGAAGCACACAAUGGAACUAUUUCGUGGUCAAAGGGAUAAAAUAAGCAGAA